AUGGAGGGCGCCUUCACGCACAUGGGCAACCACCUGGUAUCCGAUUCGGCCGCCACUAUUAACGCCGGCGAUGUAGACGAGGGCAUUUUGGAUGGCGACCUCGCCCGCGGCGGUCUUUCACGCAGGCGACGCGCCGACGACGACGAAGAGUACGACGAAGAUGACUUGGAGAGCAUGGCCAGCAUGCCUGUCGGUGGAAGGAACGGCCAGUCUGCCAUGCGGGCCGAGGACGCUGAGGUCGAACUCCCGGCACAUGCCUGCGCAUACUGUGGUAUUCACAAUGCCGGCAGUGUUGUCAAGUGCCUUGCCUGCAGCAAGUGGUUCUGUAGUGCCCGCGGUAACUCGUCGUCUUCGCACAUCAUCAACCAUCUCGUCCGCGCCCGUCACAAGGAAGUCCAGUUGCACCCCGCCUCCUCUCUCGGCGACACAACUCUCGAAUGCUACAACUGCGGUACAAAGAAUGUCUUUCUCCUCGGCUUCAUCCCCGCCAAAUCAGACACGGUUGUUGUUCUCCUCUGCCGUCAGCCAUGCGCUGCCAUGCCCUCGCAAAAGGACAUGAACUGGGACACGUCACGUUGGCAGCCGCUGAUUGAAGAUCGUUCCUUCCUCCCCUGGCUCGUACCUGCCCCGACCGACCAAGAGCAGCUCCGUGCCCGCCACCUCAGCCCCCAGACCAUUGCGAAACUCGAAGAGCUAUGGAAAGAUAAUGCAAACGCCACCAUUGCGGACCUGGAGAAGGGCGCUGGCCAAGAGGAGGUUAUUGCCAAGGUCUUGCUCCGCUAUGACGACGCUUUCCAGUACCAGAAUGUUUUCGGUCCCCUGGUCAAGAUUGAGGCCGACUAUGACCGCAAGUUGAAGGAAUCGCAGUCACAGGAUAACCUCAUAGUUCGCUGGGACAUGGCCCUGAACAACAAGCACACGGCUAGCUUCAUCCUCCCUAAACUCGAACUGGGCGACGUAAAGCUUGCAGUUGGUGACGAGAUGCGAUUGCGGUACACCGGAGAACUCCGCCCUCACUGGGAAGGCGUUGGAUACGUUAUCAAGAUCCCCAACAACCAGUCUGACGAGGUUACAAUUGAGUUGCGUACCAAGGGCGAUCACAAGUCAGUCCCUACUGAGUGUACCCACAACUUCAGUGCCGACUACGUCUGGAAGGCCACAUCCUUCGACCGAAUGCAGCACGCGAUGAAGACGUUUGCCAUCGACGAGAUGAGCGUAUCUGGCUACAUUUUCCACCGUCUCCUUGGUCACGAGGUUGCAGCUGCGCCCAUGAAGAUCCAGAUCCCUCGCAAGUUCAGCGUCCCAGGUCUUCCCGAGCUGAACGCUAGUCAAAUCAAUGCUGUUAAGAGCGUUCUCCAGAAGCCGCUCAGCUUGAUCCAAGGCCCGCCCGGUACAGGAAAGACGGUUACUUCAGCCACCAUCAUCUACCACUUGUGCAAGAUCAGCCAAAGCCAAGUCCUGGUCUGCGCACCUUCCAACGUCGCUGUUGAUCAGCUGUGCGAACGUAUUCAUCUCACUGGAUUGAAGACUGUUCGUGUUACGGCAAAGUCUAGAGAGGAUGUCGAGUCUCCUGUUGGCUUCCUCUCCCUCCAUGAGCAGGUUCGCAUGAACGACACCAACGUCGAGCUCAACAAGUUGAACCAGCUGAAGAGCGACGUGGGCGAGCUUUCAAGUCAGGAUGAGAAGAAGUUCAAGCAGCUCACUCGCGCAGCUGAACGUGAGAUCCUCAUGGCAGCCGAUGUCAUUUGCUGCACGUGUGUUGGUGCUGGUGAUCCUCGUCUCUCCAAGAUGAAGUUCCGCACUGUCCUCAUCGACGAGUCUACACAGUCCGCAGAGCCAGAGUGUAUGAUCCCACUUGUACUUGGAUGUAAGCAGGUCGUACUUGUCGGUGACCAUCAACAACUGGGACCCGUCAUCAUGAACAAGAAGGCAGCCACCGCUGGACUGAACCAGUCUUUAUUCGAGCGUCUUGUUAUCCUGGGAUGCUCUCCGAUCCGACUCCAGGUUCAGUAUCGUAUGCACCCAUGCCUAUCUGAGUUCCCUUCCAACAUGUUCUACGAAGGCUCCCUCCAGAAUGGUGUCACGAUGCAGGAGCGUAUUCGUCGUGAUGUCGAUUUUCCUUGGCCUGUUGUCGACAGUCCCAUGAUGUUCUGGUCCAACCUCGGUGCAGAGGAAAUAUCAGCCUCUGGAACCUCCUACCUUAACCGUACAGAGGCACAGAAUGUCGAGAAGAUUGUCACUCGUUUCUUCAAGGCCGGUGUACAGCCUGGCGAUAUCGGUAUCAUCACCCCAUAUGAAGGUCAGCGCAGUUAUGUUGUCAGCUCCAUGCAGGCAACGGGUAGCUUCAAGAAGGAAAAUUACAAGGAAGUUGAGGUUGCCUCGGUCGACGCUUUCCAGGGCCGUGAGAAGGACUUCAUCAUCCUGUCGUGUGUCCGUUCCAACGAUCACCAGGGCAUCGGUUUCUUGAGCGACCCUCGACGUCUCAACGUCGCUCUUACUCGUGCGAAAUACGGUCUUGUCAUCCUGGGUAAUCCUAAAGUCCUUUCCAAGCACCCAUUGUGGCAUUACCUUCUUCUCCACUUCAAGGAGCGCAACUGCCUGGUUGAAGGUCCUUUGACCAACCUGCAGGUCUCACUUCUGCAGUUUAGCCGCCCAAAGCAGACCUACCGUGGCCCUCAGCGUUACCAGAUGGCCUACCAACACGCCAAUGCCAUGACAUCUGGUCGACCCGCCACUGGCUUCAACGGAAAUAAGCCUCGCCAAGAGUACAACGACAACGGUUCCAUUGUCGGAUAUAUUCCGGACGAUGUGUCCUCGGUUCACUCCUCUGCGCUUGGUGGUGUCGGUGUUCCCACCAACUACCCUCCCAUGUUCUCCAAUUUCCAGGAGUCGUGGCCUCUCCCGGGUCGUCCCAACGGCAAGGGCAAGAAUGGCGCACCUCCCAGCGUUGCUGGCGAGUCGGUUGCUGCUAGCGAGCUUACGGAUACUCGCAGCGAUGCGCCUGGAGGCAUCAGCCUUUCUGGUUUGAGCUUGAACGACUACAACAAGCCCACAUCUCUCAGUCAGUCGGACCGCCUCAACCGAUUUGUCGAGUCUACUCGCCAGGGUCCGAACGUUGGCACUGGAUUUGGUGCUAGUCGUGGUCUGCGUGCUGGACUAGGUGGCUUCGAGGAUGAUGACGCUCGUAGCGUGUCCACGGCUUUCGCCAGCCAGAUCGGCACCAGCAACGUCUAUGACUGA